AGGGAAGCCCACAGUGGUGUGAGCUCCUGGGGCUGCCAGCGGACGCCAGUCCCUGCCCGCCCAUCUGGGACCCGGGACUGCUCGCUCUGUGAGCAACUUGGAGCCAGAUAGGAGGGGACCAACGAGGAAGAGAGCCGGGCUCUUCCGUGCAGCCCCGGCUGGAGCCUGUGCCCUGCCUGACACAGAGGGCCAGACCCGGACCGCCCCUCCUGGCAACUCAGCUCCACCCGGAGGAUGCUUUGGGAGUGAGGAGCAGCUGGGCCGCUCCUCAUCCCUGCAGGCUCCGCGCCCCUGCAGCACCAUCUCCCUCUCCUCCAGAGUCUCUAGGAGACCUCAAAGGACUUCUCUGCCUUUCCACUUCGCUAUAGUCCAUUUGGGGUUAAGUAAGGUCUUUCUGAUAAUGAGAAGGCAAUAAGGAGGACUUCCUGGAAGGGGUGACAGCCCAGAAGCCAUCAGUAAGACCAGGAAACCAAGGCCCAGAGAGGCUGAGGACGGGGAGGACUGGAGAGUGAGUGACUGCAGCGAGCAGGGGGAACAGAUGCUGAGACACAGCGGAUAAGAGCCUGGUAUUGGAACUGUCACCAGGAGGCUGGACUGUCAGAGCUGGUGGGCCCUGGACAUCAUCCAGCAGACUUCCCAAUGGACACCAUGCAGCUUCUGGGUGCGAUACCAGCUCUGGCCCUCAAUGGCCAGUUCCAGUUGCUGUUGCUGCCCCUGCUGUUGCUGCUGGGACCACAGGACUCCCAAGGCCUGGCUAUAACCCCUGCGGGGCCAGAGCUGAUCCUCAACGUCUCCAGCUCCUUAGUUCUGACUUGUUCGGGUUCAGCUCCUGUGAGGUGGGAAUGGACCUCCCAGGAGCCGCGGCAGGAACUGGCCAAGGCCGAGAACGGCACCUUCUCCAGUGUGCUCACUCUGGCCAAUGUUACCGGGCUAGACACAGGAGGGUACACUUGCGGCUACUACAGCUCCCAAGGGCUGGAUCCCAAUGAGCAGAAAAGGCUCUACAUCUUUGUGCCUGAUCCCAGCGUGGUCUUUCUCCCUAUGAACCCCGAGGAACUAUUUGUCUUUGUUACGGGAGAAACUGAGACCACAAUUCCGUGCCGAGUGACAGACCCACAGCUUAUAGUGACACUGCAUGAGAAGAAAGUGGACGUCCCACUGCCAAUCCCGUAUGACCACCAACGUGGCUUCACUGGCACCUUUGAGGACAAGACCUACAUCUGCAAAACCACCAUCGGGGAUAGGGAGGUGGAUUCCGAUGCCUACUAUAUCUACAGCCUUCAGGUGUCAUCCAUCAACGUCUCCGUGAAUGCAGUGCAGACCGUGGUCCGCCAGGGCGAGAACAUCACUAUCAUGUGCAUUGUCACUGGGAACGAGGUGGUCAACUUUGAGUGGACAUACCCCCGGAUGGAGACCCUUCCUGAUACCGGGGACCUGCCUCACCUGUCCCUGCAGAGCGGGCAGCUGGUGGAGCCAGUGACUGACUUCCUGUUCGAUGUGCCCUCCCACAUUCGCUCCAUCCUGCACAUCCCCAGUGCGGAGCUGGUCGACUCUGGGACCUACAUCUGCAACGUGUCGGCGACUAUGAAUGACCAUCGGGAUGAAAAGGCCAUCAACGUCACUGUGGUCGAGAUCGGUUACCUGCGGCUGCUGAGAGAGCUGGACGUCGUACAAUAUGCUGAGCUCCAUCGGAGCCGCACGCUGCAGGUGGUGUUCGAGGCCUACCCACCGCCCACCGUUCAGUGGUUCAAGGACAACCGCACUCUGAGCGACUCCGGCGCCGGCGAGAUCGCCCUGUCCACGCGCAAUGUAUCUGAGACCCGGUACGUGUCAGAACUGACAUUGGUGCGGGUGAAGGUGGCCGAGGCUGGCCACUACACCAUGUGGGCCUUCAAUGAGGACGCUGAGGUCCAACUCUCCUUCCUGCUUCAGGUCAAUGUCCCUGUGCGUGUGGUGGAGCUGAGCGAGAGCCACCCUGCCAGCGGGGAGCAGACGGUUCGCUGUCGUGGCCGGGGCAUGCCCAAGCCAAACAUCACCUGGUCUACCUGCAGAGACCUGAAAAGGUGUCCCCGUGAGCUGCCGCCCACACUGCUGGGGAACGGCUCAGAGGAGGAGAGCCAGCUGGAGACAAACGUGACGUACUGGGCAGAGGAACAGGAGUUCGAGGUGGUGAGCACGCUGCGUCUGCGCCAUGUGGAUCACCCGCUGUCGGUGCGCUGCACGCUGCGCAACCCCCUUGGCCAGGACACACAGGAGGUCACCGUGGUGCCGCAUUCCCUGCCCCUCAAGGUGGUGGUGAUCUCAGCCAUCCUGGCCUUGGUGGUCCUCACGAUCAUCUCCCUCAUCAUCCUCAUCAUGCUUUGGCAGAAGAAGCCGCGCUAUGAGAUCCGGUGGAAGGUGAUCGAGUCUGUGAGCUCUGACGGCCAUGAGUACAUCUACGUGGACCCCAUGCAGCUGCCCUACGACUCCACGUGGGAGCUGCCACGGGACCAGCUUGUGCUGGGACGCACCCUCGGCUCGGGGGCCUUUGGACAGGUGGUGGAGGCCACAGCUCACGGCCUGAGCCAUUCGCAGGCUACGAUGAAAGUGGCUGUCAAGAUGCUGAAGUCCACAGCCCGCAGCAGCGAGAAGCAAGCCCUCAUGUCGGAGCUGAAGAUCAUGAGUCACCUCGGGCCGCACCUGAACGUGGUCAACCUGCUGGGGGCCUGCACCAAAGGAGGACCUAUCUACAUCAUCACCGAGUACUGCCGCUAUGGCGACCUGGUGGACUACCUGCACCGCAACAAGCACACCUUCCUGCAGCACCGCUCCGACAAGCGCCGCCCGCCCAGCAGCGAGCUCUACAGCAACGCCCCGCCUGCCGGGAUCCCCCUGCCCAGCCAUGUGUCCUUGACUGGGGAGAGCGACGGUGGCUACAUGGACAUGAGCAAGGACGAGUCAGUGGACUACGUGCCCAUGCUGGACAUGAAGGGGGACGUGAGCUAUGCAGACAUCGAGUCCUCCGGCCACAUGGCUCCUUACGACAACUACGUGCCCUCCGCUCCUGAGAGGACCUACCGGACCACUCUAAUCAACGAGUCUCCAGUGUUGAGCUACACAGACCUCGUGGGCUUCAGCUAUCAGGUGGCCAAUGGCAUGGAGUUCCUGGCCUCCAAAAACUGCGUCCACCGAGACCUGGCAGCCAGGAACGUGCUCAUCUGUGAGGGCAAGCUGGUCAAGAUUUGUGACUUUGGCCUGGCUCGAGACAUCAUGCGGGACUCGAACUACAUCUCCAAAGGCAGCACCUUCCUGCCCCUGAAGUGGAUGGCCCCUGAGAGCAUCUUCAACAGCCUCUACACCACACUGAGCGAUGUGUGGUCCUUCGGCAUCCUGCUCUGGGAGAUCUUCACCCUGGGUGGCACCCCUUACCCAGAGCUGCCCAUGAAUGAGCAGUUCUACAACGCCAUCAAGCGGGGUUACCGCAUGGCCCAGCCUGCCCACGCCUCCGACGAGAUCUACGAGAUCAUGCAAAAGUGCUGGGAAGAGAAGUUCGAGAUUCGGCCGCCCUUCUCCCAGUUGGUGCUGCUUCUCGAGAGGCUGCUUGGUGAGGGUUACAAAAAGAAGUACCAGCAGGUGGAUGAGGAGUUUCUGAGGAGUGACCACCCAGCCAUCCUGCGGUCCCAAGCCCGCCUGCCCGGGUUCCACGGUCCCCGAUCACCUCUGGACACCAGCUCCGUCCUCUACACUGCUGUGCAGCCCAACGAGGGUGACAAUGACUAUAUCAUCCCCCUGCCGGACCCCAAACCCGAGGCUGCUGACGAAGGCCCACUAGAGGGUUCCCCCAGCCUUGCCAGCUCCACUCUGAAUGAAGUCAACACCUCCUCCACCAUCUCCUGCGACAGUCCCCUGGAGCCCCAAGAGGAACCAGAGCCAGAGCCCCAGCCUGAGCCCCAGGUGGAGCCCAAGCCAGAGCUGGAGCAGCAGCCGGAUUCAGGCUACCCUGGGCCACGGACCGAAGCGGAGGACAGCUUCCUAUAGGGGAUCAGGCCUUGCCCGAAGCUUCUCUCUGCCUCCUAGUAUCCAGCACCACCCGGUCUAGCCCGGCCUGGCCUCCUGUCAGCCAGGCUGCCCCUGUCAGGUGUCCCCUUCAGGAAGGCUUAUACCCCUGUUGUGCCCCAGGCCCAGCCCCCUGCCUCUAGGGAGUCCAUGUGAUUCUGAGCCAGGGUUCCUUCCAGAGGACUCAGUUUCUCUGAAUUUAGGGCUUGCUGACCUGUAACCUGGGAUUCUCUCCCUGGCUGACAGGUAGGGAGGCUGGAAUCCUUGGAGAGAUUCUUGGGGUUAAUGAAGUGAUAAAUUAACUUCUUUCUCUUCAGCCAGUUACCCCUCAAAGAGCAGCUCUCUCCUCGCACUCUCCUGCCCAAGAGCUGGGAAGAAACUCUGGCCUCCCUGGCUCCUGGCUGAGCUGGGGCCUGGCCUUGGGCAAAAGCCACCUCCUUGCGAUGCUAGUCUCUGCUUCUCCAGGCCUGAGCCGGUCUGGGACCAUCCAUGCUUACUCAAUGCUGGGGGCUGAGGCCACUGCAGGAGGCUCCGGCCUGCUGUCCCUGCCCAGGGCACUCAGGGUCCUCCUCGCUGUGGAAAGUGCCUGCGUCUAUGUCUUCAAGUGCCUUCAGUCCGAGCUUUUUCCUCAUCAUCCUCAGUCUUAAUCCACUUACCAGUCUGCAGGCCAGCUGGCGUCUGUGUGUGUGAUGUGUGUGUUGUGCCAGUGACAAGUGGCACAGGUGUGCACUCACGUGUGGCCCUGACUCUGCACUGGACUGCUGUGAGACUUGGGAGGAAUCCCUUACCCUCUCUGGGCCUCAGUAUUCCCUUUGGAAAAAUGAGCAAGUUGGACUCAUACCUCCGAGUGCUCUGCCAGCACUAACAUUCUAGAACAUUUCGGGGUUGCACACUUGUCCAGGGAGCAAGGCCAGACACUCUAAACCUUCGUUCUGGGGAGAUUCCACACUGCGGAUUCGGGAGCCAUGUCCCUUCCCCAGGCUCCGGCAAGUCCCAAGAAUGCAGCUGUCCAGGUCUUGACUUGGGGUGACAGCCAGUGUCCUGGAAAGCCCCCAGCAGCUGCUCGGAGACAUAGGAAGAUCAUGGGACCCUUGCCAACACCCGUGGUGCCAUCUCCCCAGAGAUGUCCUGACGAGGAGGACAGAGAAGGCAGGUCGGAUCUCCUUGUGCAACUCCUGCUCCAGCAUCUGCCGCGGAGGUCACCACAGAACAACGGGGACAGGGACAUCCCAAAAGGACAAGAAGCUUCUGACGGGUACCCUGAGAAUGGGGUGGGAGUUGCCUUCUGGCCUGUCAGCUGCUCCCUCCCAGAGGGACACUCCAUGAGGCUAUGGUUUUGUCACUGCCCAGGCCUGCCAGUGACACCUCUCUGUCCCUCGCCCACUGGGCACUGGAGGGGCCAAGGGGGUAAGGGCUGGAAAGAGGGUUUGGGAAGCUCAGACCUUCGGACACCACCCUCGUGCUGGUUGGCACCUCCCUGGCCUGGGUCCUCAUGCCGGGGCCAAGGUCAAAGGUGUGUGUUCUCACUACGGUACCAAAGACAUACUCACCUAGGUUUACGAGUAUCUUUAGGACUCACGGUAACUCACAUUUAUACAACGAAAGGCUAUUUUGUAUGCUGUUACGUUUUCCUGUCUGUGUACUUUUUUUUUUUAAGGAAAAGAUUUUAAUAUUAAACCUGGUUCUUCUCA